CUUUUGGCUUUAACAAGCUGUUGCUCCGGCAUACUUCACCGCUACAUACCUAAAAGACGUCACCGGGCUCCAGUGAUCGGCCCCCGCCGAGCUGCCGCCGCGGCACACGGCAGCGAAGUAAAGGGCUUCAAAGGGCUACAGAUCACGCGCCACCGUGCCGGCGCGCCAGCCAUGGCUCUUCCCCGAUACCUGCUCACACUGCUGGCCCUGACCACGGCCUGCCGCUACGAGGAGGCCACGACCUACCGCGCGAACAAGAUGUUUUUUACGGAGUACUACAUGUACGCGUCAGAUGAAGGACCGUUCCCCUUUACUGGUGGCGAGAGCUACGUCCUGGCUGAUCUAAGAGCCAAACUAUCGAUGAAAGGCACGCGCGCGAACGUCACGGUCAUGGCCUUUAGCACGGACGAGGAACUCGAUUCGAUCGAUAGUAUUGACCUCUGCCUUGGGAAUAUCAACACGGUGUCACCGCGAGAGAAGCGCAAGACCUUCGCGGUGACCGGCGACCACCCGUCACACCUCUAUUUGAAGUAUAGUGUACAUACAGCUGGCUUACAAUACCUAGCGUUACAAGUCUGCGACGGGGGCUGGCUGAGCGGCAUGGAGCUCAAUGGCGUGUUCGAGUUCAAAAACCCGUACGGCUUCGUGCCCGGGAGAUACUUUGGUUUUUUGCCGUUCGAAGGCGCGCGAUGCAUCUUCUUUUCGUUGUUUGUGCUCUACUACCUCUGCGUGCUCUGCGCGCAUAGCGGUAGAUUACUACCGCUGCACUUCCUGACGUUCAUCGUUCUGCUCGUGUGUGUGGCGGAAAGCGCGGCAGCUUUCUCCGGGUAUCUCGAACAGAACAGCACAGGCCAGCCCCAGUGCUGCCCCUUUCCUCGCAUUGUCGUGGCCUCGAUGGUUUUGGAACUACUACGAAGAGGCGCUACAAGGGUACUACUCUUAGUAGUUUCACUAGGAUACGGUCUCGUGCGACCGCGACUGAGACGGACGGAGGAGUGCGGCGUCAUCGUGCUGACCGCGGCGUACGUCACGGCGUCGUUUUUCGCGACGAUCGCCAAGGUGAAGAACGCGGCGGACCCGGACUUCGCGGCGGGCCCCCUCGUGCCGUUGAUGGUGGAGUUGCCCGUGCUGCUGUUUGAUCUGGUUUUUUUAGCUUGUAUUUAUGCCGCGCUGGUGAAGACGAUGGACUCCUUGCGAGAUUCGGGCCAGACAUAUAAAUUAGAAAAGUUCUGGCGGCUGGCGAAGGUGCUGGGUGGGUUCGUGUUUCUCGUGUCGGUGCUGAACGCGUUUAUUUUUGCCUCGCGCGAACCGCUGUCACUCUUCAACUGGCCGCACCAGAUCUACUGGGUCCAGGGCGUCUCGCAGGAGGUCUUGAAUGUGGGCGUCAUCGCCACGAUCAGUGUGAUCUGGCAGCCCACCGAGCAUUCCAGAUUACUGGUCUCGAUGCAGCAGCUGAACACGGACGAGUUCGGGGAUACCGGUCUGGAGGACUCCGACGACGGCUUCGAGAUGACGGAGAAGGGAGGUAUUGCGUAAAAGUCACAC